UCCUUCACCCGCGCUGGCCCAGGCUCUGGGAGCCUCGCGGGCAUACCCAAACAGCGCCCGAGCACCAAGGCACGACCCAAAAGGGUGACGAACUUUCGUCCCCGAGCUUCCUUCGCCCAGCAGGCGGUGCCCGAAAUACAGCAACCGCGGCCGGCACGGCGACACGGUUUCGAUCACGCGAGUCGAGGGCCCCCGCGCCAGAGGUCCCCUUCCGCGCCCUACGAGAGGCAACUGCGCAGCCGCCACAUCUGAGGGGCUUCUCCCAGUUAAAAUAAAGUCUCCGUGACUGGUGCCUGGGACCUUCUGAUCGCCUGAGAGCUUGGGCUGUUUGGCCCCCUUCCGUCUCGGUCUCCCGAAGGGUGAAAGAUCGGGGGGAAGCUCGUCCUGCCCAUCGAUCUCCACGCCGCGGGUUCCUUGGACUCCGGCCCGAGCUCGGUGGGCCCGGCCCCCGGCCGCCCACCCCCUGCGUCACCAUGAGCGUGUCGGCCGAGCGCCUGGUGGAGGAGUUGCAGAUCUUUGACGUGGAUUGCGAUGAGGCUCUGGCUGAGAAAUUGGUAGAGCUGUGCCUUCUGUAUGGGCAGAAUGAGGAGAAGAUGGCCACUGAGGUUAUAGCAUUCCUCACCAGCACAGGGAAAGGUCGCCUGACCUCAGAGAUCCUGAACUCCUUUGAGCAUGAGUGUCUGAGCAAAAGAUUGCCCAAAGGCCCACACAUAGCCUCCAGGGAUGGGGGGCACGCAGGAGCCAGAGACAUUGUUUCCAUCCAAGAGCUAAUUGAAGUGGAGGAAGAAGAAGAGACCCUCCUGAACUCUUACACCACACCCUCUAAGGGCUCUCAGAAGCGAGUCAUCACCACCCCAGAAACCCCCCUGACAAAAAGGACGGUGUCUAUCCGGAGCCCCCAUCAGCUGCUCUCGCCGUCGAGUUUCUCUCCGAGUGCUACUCGCUCUCAGAAGUACAACUCGAGAAGUAACCGAGGAGAAGUGGUCACCUCCUUUGGCUCAGCACAGGGAGUGUCUUGGUCUGGAAGAGGAGGGGCCGGCAACAUCAGCCUGAAGGUCUUGGGGUGUCCAGAGGCACUAACCGGGAGCUACAAAUCAAUGUUUCAGAAGCUUCCAGACAUUCGAGAAGUUCUGACCUGUAAGAUAGAAGAACUUGGCAGUGACCUCAAGGAGCAUUACCAGAUUGAGGCGUUUAGUCCCGUUCUGGCCGCCGCUCAGGAGCCUGUCACUCUGCUGGGCCAGAUUGGCUGUGAUACCAACGGGAAGCUGAACAGCAAGUCCGUGAUUCUCGAGGGAGACCGGGAACAUUCUUCAGGGGCUCAAAUUCCAGUGGAUUUAUCUGAGCUCAAAGAAUAUUCUCUGUUUCCCGGGCAGGUUGUAAUUAUGGAAGGAAUCAACACCACGGGUAGAAAGUUUAUUGCCACCAAACUCUACGAGGGGCUGCCGCUUCCCUUUUAUCAGCCCACCCAGGAGGAUGAAGGUUUUGGGCAAACCAUGGUCCUGGUGGCCUGCGGGCCAUACACCACCUCUGACAGCAUCACCUACGACCCCCUGCUCGAUCUAAUUGCCAUCAUCAACCGUGACCGGCCAGAUGUCUGCAUCCUGGCCUGUUUGCAGUUUGGACCUUUUUUGGAUGCGAAGCAUGAACAGGUUGAGAACUGUCUGCUGACGAGUCCAUUUGAAGACGUCUUCAAGCAGUGUCUGCGGACCGUUAUCGAAGGGACACGAAGCUCCGGCUCCCACCUCGUCUUUGUCCCGUCGCUGAGGGACGUGCACCACGAGCCCGUGUACCCACAGCCACCCUUCACCUACUCUGAUCUGCCUCGAGAAGACGUAAAGCGAGUGCGGUUCGUGUCUGAGCCCUGCAGCCUCUCCCUGAACGGAGUGGUCUUCGGCCUGACGUCCACGGAUCUGCUGUUCCACAUGGGGGCCGAGGAGAUCAGCAGUUCUUCCGGAACUUCAGACAGACUCAGCCGAAUCCUCAAGCACAUUCUGACCCAGAGGAGCUACUACCCGCUCUACCCUCCCCAGGAAGACAUGGCCAUUGACUAUGAGAACUUCUACACCUAUGCACAGCUGCCUGUCACCCCAGACGUCUUCAUUAUCCCGUCAGAGCUGAAAUACUUCGUGAAGGACGUCCUCGGCUGCAUCUGCGUGAACCCCGGGCGCCUCACCAAAGGGCAGGUGGGGGGCACCUUCGGCCGACUCCUCCUCAGGGGGCAGCGGACCGCAAACAGGGAGGGGACGCGGAGUCCGUGUGCUGCCGUUCAGGUGGUCAGGAUCUGAGGGGACGCCCGCCCUCCCCGUCGCACGGCCCUCACACAAGAGCCUAGCCGUCGCCCGGGGAGGAAACAGGCGGCGGGGCUGGAGGAGAGGUGGCCUGGCGGCCAAGGCCUCGUGCGGCUGGACCCUGACUCGGAGCUGAGCUUCUCUCUGGAAGAAAGCCACUACUGCCUCAAGGACACACAGUCUAGAGCAAACAGGCAGUGGACUCCGCGAGCUCUGAAAACGCAAGGUGGCCUUGUGAUUUUUUCUACCUGGACCAGACACGGAGACAGCUUUGGGAGAAAUAAAAGUAAAUUCUGAGAA